GUUCGCGCGCGCGCGCGCGCGCCGGGGCGGUGACGUGGCGUGGGAGCCAUGCUGUGGGCGCUGGCGCUGCUGGCGGCGGCGGCGGGAGGGGGCGGCGCGGGGUCCCCCCGGCUCCGCGGGGCCGAGCUGCGGGACCUGGCCCGGGGCAAGGUGGAGACCUGCGGCGGCUGACGGCUGAACCGCCUGAGGGAGGUGAAGGCCUUCGUCACCCAGGACAUCCCCCUCUACCAUAACCUGGAGAUGAAGCACCUGCCCGGCGCUGACCCCGAGCUGGUGCUCCUCAGCCACCGAUACGAGGAGCUGGAGAGAAUCCCCCUGAGCGACAUGACCCAGGAGGAGAUCAACCAGCUGGUUCAGGAGCUGGGCUUCUACCGCAAGGAGACGCCUGAUGCCCCUGUGCCUGAGGAGUUCCAGUUUGCCCCUGCCAGGCCUCUGCCCACCCUGCCACCCGCACAAGCUCCUACCGCUGCUGGCAAGACCCAACCCAAACGUGAUGAGGGACAACACCCAGACCUCUAGGGAGGGGUGCCGUGCUCAGGAGAGGGUCCUGCAGCCAGUCCCCAGCACAUGGGGACGAGGGCAUUACAGCAGCUGGGGAUGGUGCCACAGGGUGGCAAAGAUGCACCCACUGUUGCUUGGUGCUGUGUAGCCUCUGCCCUGAGGAUGCCCUGAGCUGCUCCAGCCUUGAGCAGGGGCUUCUUGGGCAUUGCAGACAUCCCAGGGGUCCCAUGGGACUGUUACUGCCCUCCCUCCCCUGCAGCCCAGCAUCCCUGGCUGACUGGGAGGAACAUUGUUCUUUGUGCUCCCUUGCCAUACUCCAAGGUUUAGCUCACUCCCGGCACCGGACAGUGGUAUCCUACCUACGUGGGACAGGAUGAAACCCUCAGCAGAAAGUCCCAGGUGCUGAGGGUAGAUGUGCUGAGUCCCAAAGGUGGGAGAGCUGCCCCCAGCGUGGGGUAUGGCUUUACACCCCAGCAGGGUUGUCUCGUAUCGAGCCCCCAGUAAAGCCUUUGCAUAUAA